GGCAUGCGAACAGGAAGGAAAGAUGUAUGAGAAAGUGUGGCAGUUCUGAGUCAGUUUACAAACAUUUACAAUAUUAGGUUAUCUGGAGAAGGACUCUACAGACYUGUCAGGGAUUUGYUAAAGUCUUGGCAAAAUGGCGGACGAAUCGGGGAACGUAGAGCCUGAAACUCUAGCCCUCGUCAAGAAAGCUAUUCGUCAUGGAUGUGACUUGGAUUUUGUAAAGAAAGUGAAAUUAGAGUACAAGGGAGAGAAGAUCGAAACACGCGUUUUGGCUUCGUCAGCAUAUCGUGUUUAUAUUAUAAGCACUAAUAAAACUGUUGGAAAGGUUGAAUCCAGCUUUCAUAUUUUAUCAAUUCAGCAAAUUGAAAGUUUAAAGCCACUUUUGCUGAAUAUAACUGCAUCAGACAAAGUAUAUUCCAUAAAAGUAUUUCAACCUAAGGACAGUAUUGAAAUUAUUGCACAAAUACAAGCUGCACUUAAGUCUUCAUUUCCUUCUGGUAACCCUGAUCGUUUCAGGCUCACACUUGGUCCACCAGAAGAAGCAGAAUCAAGACAGGAAAAAGUGAACAAUCUUGUGAACAUUUUGAUUAAUGCCAAUGCUGAAAAUGAAGUUGGACCUUGUGGUGGCUUUUCUAAGGUGUACKCCUGCAUGUGUGAUUAUUAUGGAAGUCAUUACCUUGAAGAAGUAGCCUGGGAUGUUGAUACAAUAUACUUAUCACAUGACACCAAGGAGUUCAACCUGCAAGAUUUUGACCACUUGGAACAAAAGGAUUUGAUACCAAUCAUAGCAGUACUGGAGUAYAAUUCAUGGUUUACCAAGCUAAUAUGCAGUUCAAUUAAGCUGAGUUCUGAUGUCUGUGAUGUCAUAAUAAAAGUCAUCAAGAAGUCGACUACUCUUGAAGAGCUAAUYCUUGAUGGAGUCAGCUUAGGAAGAGAUUUUUUUCACAAAGUAGGYCUGGCUCUAACAUCAAAUCCAAAGACAGCCCUCCAUACAUUUGACUUUUCCAAUAAUGCAAUGGAAGACAGAGGUCUCAGCCAUUUGACUGGAUCCUUUAACAAACCACAAGGUCUUGUCUCACUCUCUCUGGUYGACAAUGGUUUGACAGUUAAAGGAACUCUAAGCUUGGUCAGUUCAUUCAAGAGCAGUAAAUAUGUACAGAGUUCUUUGAAAAGGUUGAAUCUGUCCAAGAAUCCUUUGAAAGCAGAGGGAGUAACUGCAUUGUCAGAUUUUUUAGCUCAGCCAAAUGCUCUGACUCACCUUGAUUUGUCCAACACAGACUGUUCUCUUGAUUUGUUAUUUGGAGCAUUGAUGAGAGGUUGUGUGCAAAAUCUCAUGCAUCUUAAUCUCUCUGGUAACAACUUUACCACAAAGAAAAAAGAAGUCACUGUCCAGCAAUCGUUUCAUCAGGAUGCUGUAGAACAACCAUGUACUAUCAAGUUUUUCAGCCUGGCUCAAGACUUGAAAUAUGUUGAUUUAUCAAACUGUAAACUACCUCCAGAAGCAGUGAGAGCUUUGUUCAAAGGCUUUUCUGAGAAUGAGAAUUUGACAGAUGUGGAGCUUGACAUCAGUAAAAACGAGCUCAAAAGUUCUGGGGCUAACGUCCUGGCAACGUCCGUUCAGGGAGUCAAGAAUAUUAAGAAACUUAACAUCAGUGAUAAUGGUUUUGAAGGUGAUUUUGUAAAUCUGCUUGAAGGGCUUGGACAGAAUGAAUCUAUUCAAGAACUUCUGAUAGGGCAAAACUUCAAAGCAAGGACAUCAAGUGCUGCAAUGGAGGCCUUGAUUCAGCUCAUUUCGGAAGAAAAUUCGCACAUAACUUCAUUGUCGUUAGCUGAUUCAAAGUUAAAACAAGACAUGAUACCAUUACUAGACGCUCUGGGGACCAACGAAACGCUUAUCAAACUUGACAUAAGUGGAAACGGCAUCGGUGAUGAAGGUGCUCGUAUACUAGCUAAAGCACUGCAGCUCAAUUCCAAAUUAAGAACUCUAGUCAUAGACAAAAACAACGUCUCCCAUAGAGGUUUUAAUGAUAUUGCUGCAGCACUGGAAAGUAACCACACACUUUACUCUAUCCCAUCACCACUACAUGACGCGGCACAGUGCCUCAAGUCACAUGGCACACAGUGUGAGCAGCACUUAAGAAAGAUUGAGGCAGCUCUGCUGAGAAACCAAUCGCCACACAAGAAAGUCGCAGAAAAUGCUUACAGACUACAACAAGGACUUCUGGUCGCAUCUACUCAACAGCAGGUUAUUGAUCGAUUGAUUGUCCAUCUGCAAGACAACGUGUAUGCUCUUAGAAAGUCCAACGAUGACAAGGUUCAGCAAGAAGUAGGGAUAGCCAAGCAUUACAUCCAAGAUGCUGACAAACUUAAACAACUGCUGCUCAAGUUUCAUAUGUGUACAAAUGACAGUGAUAUCGAAUCUGAAUUUACAAAGCUGUCUGAGAAGUUCUAUCAAGCUUCGCAAGACAAAAUUAAGGAUAAUUUUGACAAAAUGCUGCAAUGUGCCAAAGAAGUAUGCCCAUACAUCACAAGCAAAGAGGAUGUACAAGAAAACAUGACAUCGAUUUCUACAACCAACGAAAAGAUCACGCAAACGUUUGUCGAGGAGGUGGUCUUAUCGCARGCUGCUGCUACGAUACUCAACCGAAUCAGUGAAAACAAAUUGUCAGCAGCAUCUGUCAUGGCAGACACAUUAAUGGACAUGGUCAUCCGACACAUGGAGACGAGUAACGUCCAUUUGGAACUCCUUCUCAAGGAACAUAGACAGAAGCAAGCCAAGGCCGAGGACCAGGAUAGUGGACUGGAUACCACUGAUGACGUAGUAUUGGCCGCUAGAAAAGCCAAGAACCGUCUGAGCUCAGCAGCAUUGGUCUCUGGAGAUAACACAGAGGAGGUUCCCAAGAGCCACAAGCGACGACCAACAGUCAGCGUGAAGAAACCGAAAUCUUCAAGUAUUACUGAAGAAAAUAUCGAGGUGGAAAUUGAGGUGGAUGAUGCGCCAAAGACUGCAGAAGAUGGGGAGGUGAAGGAGAAGAAAGCUUCUCCAAUGGUCUCCAAGAAAGCUUCUCCAAUGGCCUCCAAGAAGGCUCCAGUUUCUUCCAUUGAUCUUGAUUUCAGCGCUGUUGAGCAAAAUAGUGGUUCACUUGACCACUUAGCCAAAUCUCGUCCUCGUCCAGCUCGUGGUCGACGCCUUCCUACCCGACCAUCCAACCGACCACAAGUGACCAAUGGAGUUGAUAAAGAGGAGACUGAGGAGAACAUUGAUAGUUUCUGGACCGCACCCACCGGGAAUGAACCUGUGAAAACAGAAAACAAGUCAAACAAGGCAGCGCCACCUAGGCCCACUCCACCACGACCAGCRCCGAAACCCGCAACGAAGCCAAGACCCGCGGCAAGACCAGACGAAUCGGACGAAACUACGCCCGAAAAGGACGAUAAGGAGACAAAGAAACCUGGUUGGAUUCCUAAAGGUGGCAUCAAUCUUGGUUUGCCAGGAUUCUUCAAGAAGAAGAGAGACCGCUCAGGAUCUGGGAACGAGCUCGAUCAUACUGGUACACGUUGGUUUGUUGAUGAUAAAAAUACAGUGGACACUUCUUCCUCUUUGUUCCAAUCAGUGAAAUCGUCAGACAAAGACAAAACAUCGCCGACUCCCAAACCCAAGGAAACAAAAACACCCAAGGAAACAAAAACAAAUGCACCACCACCUAAACCCGCACCACCACGAGAAAGACCCACGUCAGUCCUUCCUCCUAAACCAGCCGUGAAACCACGUGAUCGCACUGGAACCGCGCCUUCKUCGCGUGGACGAGCRGGAUCUGGUACUGUAAAUGACGYCGCAAAACAGGAAGUUAAGAAGGARGAGAAGAAGGAGGAAUCUAGCCCAGAAAAGUCCGCCGCACCUCGUGGACCGCCAAGGUUUGGUAUUGGUCUUGGUGGAAUGGCAGGCGGAGGAUUAUUGGCGGAAAUGAAAAUGCGACAAGAGAGAGCUGGCAGCGCUGGAAAGACCCCACCGGAGACUGUACCCAAACCUGCAAGACGACCAUCUGCUGAAACACGGAAUAAACCUGAGGUCGUUCAAAAAAAAUCUAAAGAGGAAGAAGCUCCAGYCACUCGUCGACCAACAGGCGAAAGUCAACCCCCUGCGAUYAGCGAGGAGGGCUUGGUACGACCAUCGUCCAUCAAGAGACCACGAACAUCAUCUCAAACACCACCAAAACCUCAACCCAAACCCAAGGACAAGGAGGACGGCGAAAAUAAACAUGACGACAAAAAGAAAGAAGAGAAGAAAAAAGAAGAGGAAGUAAAAAAAGAGAAGGAGAAAGAAGAAAUGAAAAAAGACGAUGAGAARAAAGGAGCAAAAGUAGAAAGUAAGACUGAAGCGUCCCCAAAAGCUGUGCUGAAACUUGGCGAAGAUAUUGGGGAGAGCGUGGAUCACAGCGAAGUCAAGAAAACAGAAAAAGAAAAACUUAAGCUUAAAGUUAAACCAGACGAAACAGACUCYGAACCUUGGGUGAAACGAGACAUGCCAAGCCCUAAGCGAAGUCCUAAAUCGCCCAAAAAACCGCUUGCUGUAAGCACAUCAGAAACACAGAAUAUUAAAACAGAAACUAAACCAAUGUCACCCAUUACUCGUGCUGCUACUUUACCUAAACCCUGGUCACCCAGUUCCUCUACCYCCCGGCCAAGAAAGUACAGUUUUGAUGAGAAAAAGACAGAGAAAGACGUCGUGAAAAUGGAGAGAGCGAAAAGUAUCAAUGAAGAAACGGUUCAAGACAAAGUAAAGGACAGCGCUGAUGAUAAACCUGCUUCAGAUGGAAUUCACAAAAGUACCUCACCGUUUAAACUGUCCAAGAAGUCACCCGURAAGCAAACGAACAGCGAGACGACUACACACGAUGACGGUGAACACGAUGAGCUAUCAGACGACCUCAAAGACUGSUUAGACAAAGAUACCAAAUCAACAGACGAAAAGAAGCCAGAUUCACCAGUUGACAAAGUCAUAGACGACCCUUUGGGGGCGAGUGCACUGCUAUCACCCGAGUCAAAGAAAGCUCGUCCCUUAUCGAAUGUAAGCGAUAACACAUCGCUAUGACGGGAUUCCUGUGUUAGUAUUCUUAAUGUUUGUUUGAUAAAUCACAAAAUUCUCAUUCAAGAGUCUUUUGCGGUAUCAAUCAACACGAUUUUGAGCAUUUGAAAUCUGUAAUUUGGCCAAUGGUUACUGUUUUGGUCAGUCGUUAGCAAUCUUCAUUCAUCGGUCCGGCCGUAGAUUCUGGGUUUCUAUCUUGGAAAAUGAAUUCCCGUCAAUUUGAGUUCAUUGGCACCGUUAGCAUUGCGAUCCACCACUAAUAUGGUCAUUUAAUGCCCGUUUUAACAAAAAUUCGUAACUAAUAAUUAUAAAAUAAGUAAAAAUAUAUUGUUUUAUAAGUCUUAUAUUUACUGCAGCGCGAAAUAUAGUUUUUCUGAUGAAAAUUGCUGGUAAAAAGUCGUUUGUUAUUUCUUUCUUGUACGAGUGAAAUCAGUUAACGAUGGUUGCUUUCUCCUGAAUCUAGGGGAGAAGUUUGAAACUAAGUGCGCCAGUACGCAUGCGUUGACUUAAUGUAUUAGCAAUCACGUGAUAAAAAUGCGUGAGUUGUAGUUAUAAUUUCAAUGAACACUGCUGUAAAAAUAAUCUAUUUUGUAUAUCUUUUGAUAGCAUUUCAUUUUCAACAUCCAUGGGUGUAUAAACGUCAAUAAAAUUGUGUUUGAAUUUUUA